AUGUCUCAGUUAUUAGAUUCCUCCUAUGGUAAGGCCAACGUCAAGUUCUUGAAGGUCCGCAAAGAUGCAUCCAACCCAGCAGUCCAAGAUGUCUUGGAAGCUAACUGUCAGGUUUUGUUAAAAGGAAACUUCGAUGUUUCUUACACAGAUGCCGACAACUCUCCAGUUGUUCCUACCGAUACCGUGAAGAACACCAUUUUGGUAGAGGCCAAGAACACCAACGUUUGGCCUAUCGAACGUUUUGCUGCUCAUUUAGCCAAACACUUCACCGAGAAGUACUCGCAUGUUCUGGGAGUUGAGGUGACAAUUAUCCAGCAGAGAUGGACCAAAUUCCCAGUCAAAGGAAAGUUGCACGAUCACUCCUUCAGACACGAGGGUCCUGAAACCAGAAGAACCUUCUUGGAGUAUUCGAAGGUUUCUGGCAAAUUGACCAUUACCUCGUCCAUUAAGGACUUGACUGUUUUGAAGUCUACCGGCUCCAUGUUCUACGGCUACCACCAGUGUGACUACACCACCUUGCAGCCCACCGAAGACCGUAUCUUGUCCACGGAUGUCUAUGCAAAAUGGAAGUACGAUGAGUCGUUGAAGACGUUGGACGAUGUGUUCAAGUUGGCAGAUGAGGGUGUUUUCGACAAGACAUACGACACUGCCAGAGAAAUCACCUUGGAACGUUUCGCCGUGGAGAACUCUCCUUCUGUUCAGGCCACCAUGUUCAACAUGGCAACCGACAUUUUGGCCCAGGCACCAGCCAUUGACUCUGUCACUUACGAGUUGCCAAACAAGCACUACAUUUUGUUCAACUUAGAAUGGAAGGGUAUCAAGGGCAACAAAGACUUAUUCUAUCCUUCGCCAGAUCCAAAUGGUUUGAUCAAGUGUACUGUGGGCAGAAAGAGUGCUGCUAAGUUGUAG